CAAACUUAAAGUUAGCUGCGCCGCAAUUUGCGGGCGCGGUCGUCGCUUGGAGGAUAGGUUCAUGGAUCUUGCCUGCUGAAGGCGCCCAUCAAUCCCACUUGCCCAUAUCGCACACCCCCCUCUGACAUUUACGAGGCAUGCCAUCCACGUAUUGAGCCGUAUUGAGGAGCACUUCAGCCAACCUAUCGCCCGGUAUCAGUGACGAGAUAGAGAAUUUACCAAUUCUGAAGUCAGCACGGUAGGAAAUGGUGCCGGGCUUAUCAUUCCGCAUGCUCUUUGGGAGAACUGCGGCCAGAGAACAGCUAAAGUUAGCCCGCCUUUGGCCUCGAAGAUCCAAGCCUGACCGCCAGCUCACAGGCGUCGUGUUCCGUUAAGACGCCGAUAAGUGGCACCGAGACCAACACGACUACCCCGAUGGACAAUCCCAACUCAAGGGAUCGUCUUCAUACGAACAAGACCCUUCGAUCGCGGAGUAUAUGCAAUGCCUCCAAUCAUACCUCUUCUAGUUCAGCAAGUUCCUCUGCGAUUUCCAUUCCUCUGGAAGCUGCGUCCCAGUCGCCCUUGGAUACCGCCUGGAUUUGGUUGGCCAAGAACCGGUUCCCCCGAGACUGGCAGGAGACAUUCAAAGCACUUAACAUCCAUGGAACCCAGUCCCUGGAGCCCGAGGCUGGCCGCGGCCGUGGUAACUCUAACCAGCAAGUAUACCCUAAACUCGCCCGAGAAUGCACAGAUAGCGGAACCGGUUGGGGCCAGCCGAGGGAACGAGAGGAAGGGCAACUAAUGGGACAGCUUAUUCAAAGCAUCGUUACCGGCCGGUCGGCUGAAUCUACCAAGAGCUCGAGUUCACACGGCCGGAACAAGUCUUCCAGUGGUGGGCAUGGGAACAAUCUACCAAGCGCUGGAACCGAUCCUGAUCCCAGUUUGGACCGGCCCGGUUCGAGCUGGGGACCAGGUCCAGAAGACAGGAACGACCACCAAUCACAUCAACGAUCAAAGACAAUUAACCCUGUACGGACGUAUGUCCUUGCUACCAUGGACUAUUGGCACUACCGAAUGUGCGAUAUCACCGAAGCGGAGACGGCGGCCGACAUUCGCCAGGCCGUCUGUUUGCAUCUGGGUUUGGGAGACUACAAAAAUUCCUUGCUGUACCUUACGGAGGUUGGCAGGUUUGAUCAUGCCGAUCCUCUAGAUGACCAGAAACUUGUUACCACCAAACAGAUUAGGGGAGAUCCAGUGGGAACUCUCAAGUUCUUCGUCACACCUCCAGCAGUCCCUCCCGUGACCAGCGGCCUUACAGCAAACCCCAACGUGCCAGCAUCCUUAGGUUAUUUGGCACCUGGACUUGAUGGCUCGAAACAUAAUCCGCGGCAGCGGUCAAGUACUUCACCCCCUACCUCCAGGUCUAACACAUCGACGGAUAACAAGAUCGAUGAGAAGGCUCUCUCGCAAGAGGCAACCUCAUAUCGCGUUGAGAUGGAGAGAAAAGAGCGCGAAUAUCUUGCGAUGCGGAAGCAGGCAGCAGCGAAGGGUAGCCCAUUUAAGUCGGUUGGUCCAGGCAUAACAAGCAACAGAGUUGUUGAUUUCGAUCAACCUCGAAGCUCGCUGUCCCCUCAGAGACCGCCUCCGGCACCGCCUACUAAUGAUGAUAGCGACGACGAUUCCGAUGAUGGCUUGUUCGCGAUCUGUCUGGCAAAUCGAAGCAAGGGCAAGGCCUCUGCUGAGAAACAACAGGGACAUGACGCAGUUGACCACGAUAAGCAGCCCAGUCUGACAAUGAAUACUUCUCGGGCUGAAAAGGGCCUUUCAGUGUCCUUUACAUCUCCACAGUUUAUGCCAAGCGCUGUUACACUUAACCCCAACCACGACGGCGUAGGACUUUCUCGUAAACCACCAGCAACCCCUCGAUCCGACUCCAGGACAUCUAGUGAGAAGGACAGCAAGUUGAGCCGACGGAAACCGUUCAUCGAAAAGGACGUUUGGGUUAACCGUCCUCCAACGGAUGCCCUGAUUAACAACCUCGAUGACUUCUUCCCUAACUUGUAUCUUGAUCAACCAGUUCUAGAAGAGGGAGAGGGUGGGGAGAUACUUCCAUCUCCUAUCGCCGAGGCAGAAGAGACCUCUGGGGGCGCACCUAAGGCGACGCCCGAGAGAGCGCAAGGAGUUCCCGCAGCUGAACCCCCUACCGAUGGUCUGCCUGCCGUUACACCCAGCCGACCGCCCUCUCUUUACAAUGAGAACGAUACUCAUGGUUCUGAUGAAUCUACUCUUAAGGCUCCAGAACGACCUACUCCUGUGGCACAGAGAAGUCUCGGCCGUUCUAGUGGACUUGACCGCAUGAUAUCCAUUCGUGAAGUUGUCCGUGGCGCUCACGAGGGCAAUACACGUAUGGCUAGCACGUCUCAGAGCAGAGGACAGGCCUCCGGCAACAUUGUGCAGUUCCGCCCGGAUCGACGUGGCAGCAUGAUCACGCCCCAGAAUCCUCAAGAUACCCUCCCCAAGAGGCAGACAACAUUCCGCUGGUUCAAGGGUCAACUCAUUGGCAAGGGCACCUAUGGUCGUGUGUACCUGGGUAUGAAUGCCACUACUGGUCAAUUCUUGGCUGUCAAGGAAGUGGACAUCAACCCCAAGGCUGCUGGUGGUGAUAAGCAGAAGAUGGAAGAAUUGGUCGCGGGACUGGACCAUGAAAUUGACACGAUGCAGCACUUGGACCACGUCAACAUUGUGCAAUAUCUCGGAUGCGAGCGCAAGGAAACAAGUAUCAGCAUCUUUCUCGAGUAUAUUUCUGGUGGCAGUAUCGGAUCAUGUCUCCAUAAGCAUGGCAAGUUCGAAGAAUCCAUUGUCGCGUCUCUCACCCGACAAACGCUCUCCGGAUUGGCAUACCUGCAUCAGGAGGGUAUUCUCCAUCGAGAUCUGAAGGCAGAUAACAUCCUUCUGGAUGUAGAUGGCACUUGCAAGAUCAGUGGCUUUGGUAUCUCUAAAAAGACAGACAACAUCUACGGCAAUGACAAGACGAACAACAUGCGAGGCUCGGUGUUCUGGAUGGCUCCCGAGGUCAUUCGAUCACAAUGCGAGGGAUACAGUGCCAAGGUAGAUAUCUGGAGUCUGGGUUGUGUGGUGGUGGAGAUGUUCGCAGGCCAACGACCAUGGGCCAAGGAGGAGGCGGUAGGCGCCAUCUACAAAAUUGCCAAUGGCGAGACGCCACCGAUCGCUGAGGACAUCCAAGGAACCCUUGGUCCGCUGGCGGUGGCGUUUAUGAUGGAUUGCUUCCAAGUGGACCCCUUUGAUCGUCCAACGGCAGACGUACUCCUCUUACAGCAUCCAUUCUGCGAGCUCAAACCCAACUUUAACUUUCAUGAGACAUCAUUGUACGCCAAGAUUAAGCCGAUGCAAUAGGAAGGUGCGAAACCAUCCCAGUAAGAGGGCUGCGGCCUGGAAGAGAGGGGAGGCAUUUUUAGUUUGGCAAUUUUUGAGGGGGAUAUCAUACAAGCUUCUAAAGAGAGCGAGGGAUAGGUAUAAGCAUGAAGGAGACAGAGAUGGGCGUUCUUUUGUUUGGCUGGUGUCCUUGAAGCUGCUCUGCUCGCACUGAGUGAUGAUUUACACAUAAGGGGUAAUUAAUGGGAUAACAUGAUAGCCCCGAUAGUGUGCAUGAUAGGAUACAGGGUUUUAUUGUGACGCGGCUAUGUGUAGCUAAAUGAUGCCUACUACUGUACAAAGGACCGUCCGAAUCCCGCCGCA